AUGGAUCCUAUUGAAACACAGAUUGUUUUUGUUCGUAAUCUUCCAAAGAGUGUUGAUAAGGAUCUGAUAAUGCGACUGUUUGGAGAGUAUGGAUCAAUAAUGCAGAUACGGAUAGGAAACGAAGUACGCACUGAGGGAACGGCAUUUGUAGUAUAUGGAAGUGUUGAGUGUGCAAGAAAGGCAAUAAGGCAUAUGAAUGGAUACUAUCUUGAAGAAAAGUACCUGAAUGCUGGAUAUUGGCAACCAUUUGACAAGUUUAGGUGGAUGGUAGGCCGAAAGUGA